AUGCUGCGCUGCCAUCGGCGAGGGUGCGGCACUGAAUUCAACACGGGCAUGGGGCCGUGCCGGUACCAUCCCGGUGCGCCGGUAUUCCAUGAAGGACUUAAAUCAUGGUCCUGCUGCAAAGAUCUGAACAAGCCCGUGAUGGAAUUUGACCAGUUCCUAGCUAUCCAAGGGUGCGCGACCACACCAGCGCACACGACACAAAAACAGAGCCCCCCACCUUCUCAGCGGCCGGGGGGCAAGGUCGGUGGGCCAGAGCCAGGGGCAGAGCCAGGAGCAGCUACGAGUGAGCCCCAGCCACCCCCCAAAGAAAGCGCACCACAACCACUCAACCUGCUUUCGCACGGCAAAGCGCCCGCCGUCCCAAAACCUGCAGAAGCGGCGUGCGAUCCAGAUACACUGACGCAUGUGGAUUGUGGCGCGCGGUGUUCACGUACCGGAUGCAACUAUGUAGCGGAUAUGGACAUGGAGCGCGACCGCGCGGGAGAAUCGUGCAUGUACCACCCCGGCGUCCCUGUCUUCCACGAGGGAUCCAAAGGGUACACUUGCUGCAAGCCGCGUUCGCUGCACUUUUGCGACUUUUUGCAGAUUGCGCCGUGCACACGCGCCGUGUGCGGCCAUAUGUUCAGCGCGCCGCCGCCCGCAAAACACGGCGCGGCGACUCACAUUCGGAUCGACCACUACGAGACGCCAGCGCAUGUCCAUGUGACGGUGUACGCAAAGAACAUCGACCCUGCACAAUCCCUAAUCGUGUUUGAGCACGAGCAUGUUGUGCUGUCGCUCUUGCUUGCGCCGAUGGGCAGCAUCACGGAGCCGCGGCGGUUUGAUCGAACGCUGGAGCCAUACGCGGCCAUCGACCCCUCUGCGUCCACGUACACGAUCGGAAAAAUGAAACUGGAUCUCGUCCUGCACAAAACACUCGCGGGACAGAGCUGGCCGGUGCUGGAGCGCAGUGAUACCGUGUAUGGGUACGGCGUCACGUUUGGACACGCCAAGUAG